GGGUUCACUGAAACUGACGGUGACCGUCCCGACGUUGAAGAUGUAGUGGUUGUGUUCACAGACGGUAGAUCCAGUUACCCGGACAAAACUAAUGAAAGCGCAUGGAACCUGAAAAAAAAGGGAGUACACAUCAUUGCCAUUGGUGUGGUAGAAAAUCUGGAAAACGAUGAAAAGAAGUCGAAAAUAGAAGAAGAGCUGAAAAAUAUUGCAUCUAGCCCUAAGGAUGUGAAAAUGAUCGAUUUUGCCAACCUUGAAACUCUUAUCGGCGAGAUCGCGUAUAAAGUUUGUGAAAAUAGUACUACUCCGACACCACGUAAGUGAAUUUUUUAGUCUCAUUUCCGAUGAGAUAAUCAUUUAUUUAAUUAAUGUAGAUAUGCUAAUAAAUUAUUCUAGGAAUAUGCAUGGCUAGCUCGUAAAUCAUGAUGUAUUCUGUGGUAUAAUUUGCGUAAAACUAAAUUCGUAAUAAAACUGAAUUCAAUAGGGGUAAUUCAUUCGGUUUCUUGAUAAUUUAUGUGAUUUUGUCCAAAUAUAAUUGUAUAUCAGUGCUUCCUAACUCGUGCAUGGAAAACGUUUAGAUUGAUCUGUACCGUUUUAUUUUUUGAAAUUGAUAUAGUCUUGGGAACUUGAAAAAAUACGUAUUUAUAAGUUGCUUAUAUACUGAACUCUUAAUAUCUAGCAAUUUAUUUAUAAUUUUGAUGCGUAUACGUUUUUUUUUUGCUAGACAUGCAUUAGGGCGACUUUGCCGCCUAAGUAUAUUUUGCUAGUGCAUAUCAUCAAAAUUCUUCGAAUUCAAUUACGCGUUUCAUGCCAUGCAUUCAAACAACUAAAAUAUGAAUGUGAACAAUGUCAUUAAGAGCUGAUAUAUGUUAGUAGAGAGUGAGAUACUGCAAAAUACACAGUAACGUACAUAUUUUCAAUAUCUUCAGUCUUCACAGUGAGGAUAUCGAUCACGUGACUUUUUCCAAUUUGCUUUUGAGCGCGUGAAAUUUCACAAUUUUUUGCUUGAGACUAUAUAAUAAACAGAACAUUACACGGUGGCUUGAACAUAUGACUUUUAUUUCUUGUGUUAAAAACAAUAUUUUACUCACUCGCUGCGCUCGUUCAUAAAAUAUUGUUUUCACCACUCGAAGUUGAAAGUCAUAUCUUCGUGCCACGGUGCAAUAUCCUCCAUAUAUGUAAUAUGGUAUUUACCGGCUGCGAUAUAAUGAAAUUCCGAUAAAAUUGACAUCGACGAAAAUAUUGCUAACCGAAAUCAUGCUACCCGUACCCGUACAGAGAGUCUCAGACUUUGUUUAUCAACACGAGCUCGUUUUGCUACUUUCAUACAAAAUCAACUCAAAAUAUACAAUAAUUACUGUUACUGGACGAAUAUUCUCGGGAAAUUUGAAGAAAUGAAGCAGCUCCAUUGUGAACGAAAGCGUACAGAGGUUAGUACCUUGAGGUACUUAUACCCUACUUUUAUAAUUAUAUGAAAAUUAAGGAACACUUUUAAAUGUCAACUUUAUCAAGAAUGGUCCACCCCUUAAUUCAUAUAAUUAUAAAAGUAACCUCCAAUUUUAUAACUAACCUCUGUACGGUUUCGUUCACAAUGUAGCUGCUUCAUUUCUUCAAAUUUCCCGAGAAUAUUCGUCCAGUAACAGUCAUUCUUGUAUAUUUUGAGUUGAUUUUGUUUGAAAGUAGCAAAACGAGCUCGUAUUGAUAAACAAAGUCUGAGGCUCUCCACUCCUUCAAAAUUGUAAAUCCCGUUUCGCGGCGUUAUAAAGCCAUAAUACUUCAAAUUCUUCUUGUAUGCUUCUAUCUUUGUGAGUGUAAAACUGGCCCGGUCAGAAACGUAGCCAAGGCAAAAAACGCAAAAAACUACCAUCUGUAAUACAAAUCUACACAAAAGUGGGACCCUUGAAUCAGGUGGCGGCCGGUGAAUUCCGGCUUCACUUUUGUAUACUAUAGAUGCGUUAUCCAGUCCACGUACAGUCUUAGUACAGAUUAGUGAGUCAGACCAUUUGAUUUGUAUUUUCAAAACAAAUGUCACUAGCAAGCGUGACAUACGGAAAGUACGCGCAUCUGGUCCCGAAUGUAGUGGCAUAUGAGUUAUACAAGUGUUUUAGUUUCCAAAAAAAACACCAUUGUCCAUAUAAUACAUUUAAAUUAUAUUUCUCUUGCACUGAUUGUAAAGUAUAACCAUUCCAAUGAAAAAUACUGUUUGGACCAGAAUAACUUCUAUUUAAUUUUAUACCGCAUAUACCUGAUCCUGAUAAUUUAAACAUAUAGCUUUGGAAAAUCAUUUAAGUUUCAGAAAUUCACCAUGCUGGUCAUAUUCAGCAAAUUUUCUCCCAGUAACAUUUCAUUAAUUGCACUCUCCGGGAGUGCAAUUAAUGAUUUUCGUAAUGGCUGGGGGGAGCGGGAAAUCAAAACAACAAAAAUCCAAUAUGGCGGCGAAAUUUGUCUUACAAACGUGGACGAAUUUAACUACAUUUUGGCACCAGAAUGAGUUUAAAAAACAUACUAUGGCAAAAAGAGCGUGUGGAAAAUACCUGGAAGUAGUUUUAAGAAAUAAUCUCGGCGGGAUGCAAUGCAGCGAAACGUGACUAUGUAAGCGGUCUGUAAUACUGAAUUUAUAAAGAUUUUCUUCUACUCCAAAGUCCAAAAUAUGUUGUUUGAGUUUGAAUCAUGAGUUCUAGUUUAAGUUAUGUUGCUUUUAUGAGCUUUUGAUCAUUUCUCAAGUUUACUUGUGCCAAAUUGCUUACAAAAGGAUUGAAAACUCUUGGCAAAAUGCAGUUGAAUUUUAAAGAAAGCGAUUUUUUCAUGCAUAUAAUAAAUAAACUAGAAAAUACAUGCAUGCAGCAUGCAACCCCUCGCCUUGCUGACAAAACAAUUGUAUUUUCCAAACACGAAGUCAUAUCAGUCUAAAGUCACAGAGUAAAGAUUGUGCUAAAGUAGUUGUCAUGGUAACACGAUAAUUUUUUAAGAAUAUUCUUACAAAUCGCCUACAAAUAUCAUUUUUAAUUACAAAAUUAUCAAUUUCCCAACAUAUAUAUGUUAGGUAUGUUAUUCUACGUAAUAUAAGCUUCAAUUUAAGGUGAAAUUCAACCACAAACGCUUCGAAAACCUUUUAAUGUGCUCCGUUUAUAAAACUAAACUGCCUUUUAAUAAUUAAAUGGCUCUAUCGAUAAAGUUUGAGUUUGCAAUAAAAUGAUUUCAAAUUCUCGCAUGCAGAUAACUUUGCUUUCUUUUUUAUUUAAAAAAUUCAAUAUAAUAAAAAAGGGAAUCAAUAUUAAUAAUACACUGAAAUUAUAUGCUGUCUUGUUUAGUUGUUUCAUAUACGCAAAGUGCCAUAGGCUGUCGAGUUUUAAAGCAAUUACAUUUAUAAAAUCAAUAUUUAAAACAACCUUACCUUCGUUAACGUCGGCUCCCUUCUUUUAGCCGAUUCUUUCGCCCUUUCUUUCUAGAAAGCUUCUGAAAUUUACAAAAUCUUGCAAAAAUGCGAGCAAAAAUGAAAUAUAUUUGCAAGAAAUUUAUCUGUUCAAUCAUCAAAUCAAGAAAUGUUUGCUAUUUCGCUGUCGUCAUGACUCAGGCAAUCGUUAUAAUGCAAACUUUAAAUUGCACCAAUCAGUGUUCUCUACUCAUGACAGACCGGCAAUUUUUUUGAGAUCAGUGAGGAUGACUACCCACCCCAACAUCGUUGGUCACCCACGCCCGCGAUAAUUGAUGAACUUUAGACUUCGCUAAUGCUUUCGUUUCCCCGGGUGUAAAUAGCCGGGGGGAAUUAGUACCUACGCACGGCGCUUCGCGCCGUCUGCUCGGGGAUAAUCACACGGGCAAGUCGUGUAAUUAAUAUUAACACUACUCGUGAUUUUUGAAAAAUGUGCCAAAUUGCUUUCGCCUCGGCGGCUCGUGCAAUUUUGGCCCAUUUUUCAAAUAUCACUCGUAGUGUUAAUCAUUAAUUGCCCUCCUUUCCGUGUGAUUACCUAUACUAACUGUUUAUUGUUGAAGUAAUGUUUCAACGUGGCGUGCAAGUUACGAAGGAAGUAGAAUAAAUCAUGUCCAUGAUUUCUGGCCAUGACUCUCCACUUUAUUUUAUAGCCAAAAAGACAACAACACUCCCACCAAGCACAACGCUUGCUCCAAGCCCUGCGCUAAUUACAACGGUUACACCAAGCCCAACGCUUCCUUUAACCACAACGUCACCAAGCACCACAAUUCCUCGAAGCACAACGCUUACUCCAAGCACAUCGGUUCCUCCGACUCCUCCAACAAAUUGUUCAGGCAAAGACGUACUCUUUGUUGUAGACGGCACGGUGAACUCCCGGCAGUCCUAUGAUCUAGCGCAGGAAGAUUUCGAGAAUAUUAAAGGAUUUAUUAAAUCCGUUAUUCGAGGCCUGAAUGAUACGUUUAGGGUUGGAGUCAUGCAGUACACUGAUAAGGAUACAGCUAGAAUGGAGAUCGAUUUUAUGAGUCCCCUGGAAUUCAGCGAUACUGUAAAGGAUAUUACGAUCACUCAGCAAAGAGGUUAUAAAAGAUAUACUGGCGAUGCCUUGGCGGAAGCUGCUAAUAGGGUAUGGUACUUGAUAAUAUAGCUAUCACAUGCAUCACUGAUUUUAUGUGUGAAUGAUUUCUUACCUGUGCUUCUUACAAAAAGUUCAAAAAUUACACCUAAAGGCUACUAUGGUAAAAAAGUUUUAGAGGUCGCGCGUUGGACUUAAUUAAUGUACAUCAAAUUAUCUGGUACUUUGAUCUUCUAAGUUUGCACCCUGUGAAUUCAAAUUGUGGUUUUUAAAACAACCCUCCUUCACUAGUGGUGCAGAUAUACAGCCAUAUACUAGCAGAUCCCAAACAAGCCAUGCAUGCGUGCAUAACGUUUUUAUAUUCAUCUAUACUAAGCAGGGACCGCAGAGCGAUUGCAUAAUAUGAAGUAAAAUUGUGGUAAAACUGACAAACCUCCUCAGGAAAUAUGUCCUCAGAAAUUUAAAUGUUAAGAACGAUAAACUCGCAAAGAGAAUUCCCAUGCAGCAUUUGCCACUAUAAUUUUGUUUUUGAUGAUAAUGUGCGUCGCCUCAUGAUAGGCAGAUAUAUAUUUCUAAACAUACAUGUAUAAUGUAUAACGAACUCUUUCGCUCUUUUUCAGUUCUACGAACACGAUUAUCUCCAAUACCGCGAGAACAACCCCGACGUAAUCGUCCUGGUCACACGAGGCACGCCAAAUGGCCGCGAGCAAGCCUUAAGCAAAGUAAAAAUUUUGGAAUCACGCAAAAUUGAUCUGGUUACAGUGGGUGUUCAUUCAGGAGCAUCCGCUCCUGGAUAUCUUAAAGAUUUCUUACUUAAUAUGACUCAACCUCCUUUAAUGUUCUUGUCAAAUUACAAGGAUCUCGAGAAAAAUCGGGAACCAGUUCUUCAGGCGAUACGUUUUCCGCUGCUAUGUGCUCCAGCACGUAAGUGACGUCUCUAAAGGUGGAGUUACACGAGCAACAAAAUUGCUGCAACUUGCAACAAAAUCUGAUUUCAACGCAUGUUAAGUAGAAAUUAAUUUCGUCACAUGUUGCCUUGUGAUUUGUAAUUUAUGUGUAAACAUUUUCAAUUAACAUGCGUUGAAAUCAGAUUUUGUUGCAAGUCAGUGCAGGAAUUUGUUGCUCGUGUAACUCCAGCUAAAGAAUUAUUUUAGCUUUGUGAGUGAAAGCAAAUAUUUAACAGUUAUUUAUUGGAACUCCAGUUGUAUAUGUAUAGGAUAAACACCGAGAAGGAGGAAUUCAUGUCAGAUAAUGAUCAAUAUCUGUCAUAAAUCACGACUUUCGACGUGUUUAUCAUAUUUAAUUCAUGGUCCAGGAGGUUUUCCAACAACGUUCCGUCUAUUUCGUCUGCUUUGAACGACUUAAUGUAUCUAAAUUCUAAUAACUCUACAUACGGCAAAUACAUAAAUUUAAUGACAUCGCGAUAGUCAGAAAAUAUAAUCUAGAUCUACCGAUUCAUAAAUAAUAUACCAAGUGAUCCAAUUCAUAUAAUAUUAACUUUUGUUGCCAGGAGGGUGCAAUAUAAAUGAGAACUUUAUUAUAAGCUUCGAUUCUAUGCGUUAAUUAAUUACUUUCUGUCCAGUGUAAAUUAUAGUGAAAAUCACGACACCAUAUUGAAUUAGGAACUCGGUUUCGAUAUUUGGGUUCAGUUUGUCUAAAAUUUCUAACAAUGUAGAAUUGACAGAGAUAUCAGUACAAAAGUUAGUUUUUUACAGAAAACAGGAUCUAAAUUCUACUUCCUAACGAAAACAUUUAUUUUUAACUACCAUAGCAACGCCACCUCCAGUAAUUUGCAACGGAAGCCGGCAUGAUAUUUUCUUUGUCGUGGACGGAUCCGCCAGCAUCAACAGUCAUAACUUUGAUAAAGUUAAAAAUUUCCUGUCGCACCUCAUCACUCAACUAAGUGUAGAAUCUUCAGCUAUAAAUACUGGACUUAUGCAAUUCAGCAAGGAAGAUCUAACGACGGUGGAAUGGGACCUGGGACGAUAUUCUGAGAUUGAAACCAAAAAUAAUGCACUUAAGUUAAAUUAUCAAGCAGGAACGCGGACUGAGGCGGGAGAUGCAUUAACUCAUGUCAUUAAUGAG